GAAACUUACCGGGCAGCAAUUAAAACAGCAGGAAGUUUAGGCUGCGAUAAAACGGCACGAAGUUUUAUGGUCCUGAGUUUCCUUAUUCCCAGAGUGAGCGAGCGAAAAGAAAGUAGAAAAACAAAAGCAGAGAAGAAUCUUCUUACGAUCCUUCAAUCACUUGGCGAGAAUGGAGAAAGUGAGACAAGCAUCGCACGCAGGCUCUUGGUAUACCGACAAUCCUACAAAGUUGUCAUCGGAUCUUGAAGAAUGGCUAAGAGCAGCUGGUUUGACCAAAUCUCCUCAUGUCCGAGGCGUCAUUGCCCCACACGCAGGUUAUUCCUACUCUGGUCGUGCAGCUGCUUACGCCUUUGGAAACAUUGAUCCCACAAACAUUUCCAGGAUAUUUCUUCUGGGUCCAUCUCAUCAUUACUAUACUCCAAGGUGCGCUCUUUCCACCGCAACGGUUUACAAAACCCCAAUAGGAGAUCUACCCGUUGAUGUGGAGAUGAUUAAGGAGAUAAGAGCUAUGGGGAAAUUCGAAAUGAUGGAUCUCCGAGUAGACGAAGCUGAGCAUAGCAUGGAAAUGCACUUGCCCUAUUUGGCUAAAGUAUUUCAAGGGCACAAUGUGAAAGUUGUACCGAUCUUGGUUGGAUCAGUGAGUACUGAAAGCGAAGCCAUGUACGGUGAAUUGCUAGCUAAAUAUGUGGAUGACCCCAAGAACUUUUUCUCAGUGUCCUCUGACUUUUGCCACUGGGGCUCAAGGUUUAAUUAUAUGCAUUAUGACAAGAGUCAUGGUCCAAUACACAAAUCCAUUGAGGCACUGGACAAGAUGGGUAUGGAUAUAAUAGAGACGGGAGAUCCAGAUGCCUUCAAGAAGUAUCUUUUGGAGUUUGACAACACCAUUUGUGGACGCCACCCUAUUAGUGUUUUUCUCCAUAUGCUAAAACAUUGCUCAAGCAAGAUUAAGAUUAAUUUCCUGCGGUACGAGCAGUCAAGCCAGUGCCAGACAAAGCGAGACAGCAGUGUCAGCUAUGCAUCUGCUGCUGCUAAGUUGGAAAGUUGAACUGAAGAAAAUCAAAAACUUGGUGUGCAAAAAUUCUCAUUCGGUUUUAAGGUCUUUUGAUUUCAUUGCAAAGAACGUGUUUACAAAAUAUCUGUAAUAAGAAAAAACACAAGAACCUCUUUCAUUGACUGAUAUCUAAUCCUUUUUUUAUUUCUCUCACAA